AGGGUUGCCAUGGAUAUGGAUAUGGUGAAUAUGUUUGCGAUUGCUGCAGGGACUCUUGCGAUCCCUCUCCUUCUAUUCAUGGCCUCCUUCAUGCUGUGGCCAUCAUCACUCAUCAAAUUCUAUUACUGGUACUGGAGGCGAACACUGGGUCUACAGGUGCGCUAUGCAGACUGUGGGGGUUAUCGCUUCUGUUACUCAUACCGGGGAAAACCAGGCCUCAGGCCCUCUAUACUCAUGCUGCAUGGCUUCUCUGCUCACAAGGACACAUGGCUCCCGAUGGUGAAGUACCUUCCCAAACAUCUUCACCUGCUGUGUGUUGACAUGCCAGGACAUGAGGGUACAACACGUUCCAACACAGAUGACUAUUCAAUCCAGGGCCAGGCCAAGAGAAUACAACAGUUUGUAGUGGCCAUUAAACUUAACCGAAAACCCUUCCAUCUGGUGGGCGCUUCAAUGGGUGGGACAGUAGCAGGCGUGUAUGCAGCCUGCUAUCCUUCAGAUCUUUGCAGUAUCACCCUAAUCUGUCCAGCCGGUCUGAAGAACCAAAAUGAGAGCAAGUUUGACAGUCAGAUGCAUGAUGUGGAGAACAGCCAGUACAGGAUGAACAUUCCACUUAUUCCCUCCACCCCAGAGGAGAUGGAGGAAAUGCUGAAACUCUGCUCUCAUGUGCGCUUCAGAGUACCUCAACAGAUUAUCCAAGGACUGCUGGAUGUACAGCUUCCACACAAUGACUUUUAUCAUGAGGUGUUUAUGGAAAUUAUGAGAGAACAUUCUAAAUAUGCCUUACAUGAGCAUAUACAGCAAAUAACUACGCCUUUGCAAAUCAUCUGGGGCAAACAGGACCAGGUAGUGGAUGUGUCUGGAGCAGCUUUACUUGCGGAGGCUCUUCCAGGCUGUCGUGUUGAUUUACUGGAGAACUGUGGCCAUUCUGUGGUUAUGGAGCGACCACGUCAGACAGCCAAACUUAUUUUAGAUUUCAUCAUCUCACAGCAGAGCACAGCGAGUGCAAGCACCAAGAAGAAAUCCUGAGAUGUCUAUUGAGUUGUAUAUUGUGUGAUAUUUGUCUUUAAAGCACUAGUCUUAAAGUCAUGAUAGUCUACACACUAUAUAGACCAACAUUGCUUUUUGUUUCCUAGUUUUUUAUUAUUCACUAUUUAGUUAAAAUGUAAAGACAUACAUUAAACAAGGUUGCACAAUAAUACGUAUACAACAGUAUAUGUCAAACUUAGUGAUUCAUAUUAGAAAAACAAUAUUCAUCAGCAAUUGAUCUUAAUGAUCAAUUACAAAAACUGAUCACCCUAACAAAACAUUAUUGUGGAGAGAGAUGGUUUCAGAUGGUAAUACCAUGGGACUUUUAUAAAUAACAAAGAACUGAAUAUUAAUAUGCCAUGGUAU